AUGAGCACUAGAGCUUCGGGGAAACCGUUAGUGAAGGCCACAUCUAACCCUGACAAACUCAAAAAGCACACCAAACCACAAACAUCACACCCGUCAUCAUCCGCACCCACUUACAUAGACACCACUCCUAGACCUAGACCCGACCGCAUACCACACGAGACUUAUUACGAGUCGGGAAGUACCGAGUGGGGUUACUAUUCUGAAAAAGAAGAACCGACUUCCGAUAGAACACCUACUCCACCCGAAUCACCAAAACCAAACAUCAACAUGGCCGGACAACAAAAUAAUCCACCCGACCUUUUUAACACCAAAAUCGAGGACUUACCUCGAACCAUACCAACCUCUCGCCAAUCCGCCAUUGUUAGCCCCGCCAUUGACACUUUCACCGUGAAAGGCAACCACUUGCAAAUGGUCAAGGAUUUGUGUUUUGACGGGAGAAACAAGAGGGAUCCUCAUGAGCAUCUCGACAAGUUUGAGAUGAUUUGCAACUUGUUCAACUACGGGGAGAACCAAGCUAACAAUGUCAAGAUGAAGCUUUUUCCUAUGUCUCUAGCGGGGGAAGCUCAUAAAUGGUUAAAAGGGUUAGCACCAAAUAGCUUGACCACAUGGGAGGCGGUUAGAGAAGCUUUGAUUGAAAGAUUCUUUCCGGCAAAUCGGGAAAGAGAACUUAGGCUUAUAAUCCGUUCUUUUAGGCAAGAUGAGGAUGAGUCCAUUGUUGAAGCUUGGUUAAGAAUGAAAGAUCUUUUGUGGAAAUGCCUCGGGCAUGGGGUAAGUGAUACCGAGAUUGUUGGCAUAUUCUUGGAUGGAAUGAAUAUGGAAAGUUAUGAGAAGAUGGUCAUGACUUGUGGGGGUAGUACUACUUACAAGACUUCUAGUGAGAUUUGGAAGAUGUUUGAGGAUAUGGCUAAGGCUCAAGUUUCGAGGUCUCCUAGUAGGGAUCGUAGGGAUAAAAGGACACGUCGAGUGGUAGCCCGGGUUGAUGGGGGAGAGACGUCCGAGGUAGUUAGCGAGAUCAGAGCGCUCUCAAGGCACAUGGAUGAGAGGUUUUCGAUGGUGGAAAACAAUUUUGGAGGAUUAGAGCGCGAUGUUAAGAUCAUGGCCGGGGGAUGUGUUCAUUGUGGUGGACCACAUGACGCCGAUGAAUGUGAUCAAAUGGUUAGGGAAGACGUAAAUUAUGUGCACAACCAAAGAUCCGGUCAAUAUCAACCGCUUUUCCAACGUGGUGGCAACUACCAAGGCCGUCACCAAGGUAACUCUUCAAACUCUUCUAAUUCUUUUUAUAACAAUCGUGGUGGCAACUCUCAAAAUAGAUGGCAAAAGGAUGACAACCAAGGACCGCCUCAACAACAACAACCACCUUCACCUCCAAGGAUUGAUGACAAUGGGGAAGACACCCCAUCUCUUGCGGCCAUGAUGGCCAAGUUCUUGGAUAAGCAAGAAAAAACGGAGGAGGCUCAAGAGAAGCGGAAUGCUUCAAUGGAGAACUAUUCGAAACUUUUGAAUGAUAAGAUUGGGGGUUUGCAUGUAAAGAUCGAUGAGAGCAACCGGAACAACCAUGCCUUGAUAUCUAAUCUAGAAAAGAGGUUGGAUAGGAUGGGGAACUCUAAAAGGCAGCCGGGUACACUUCCAAGUGACACCCAACAAAACCCAAAUCAAAGCCAGGGAGGGUCGUGGAGAAGUGGGGAUGACAAGUACAAAGGACCCCAACACCGAAAUGAGACCGUAAAUGCAAUAACAACACGGUUCGGUAAAGUAACCACUCCUCCUAAAGGUAACUCUUUUGUUCCUAACGCAUCUCCUAGUGCAGAAAAUUUCGAUGAAGAAUUUGAUGAUGAAGUGGAGAUGGAGUCACCACCGGGUGUGACAACUACGGUUCCUAAAGCUACACCAAUCAAGGAACCCGAAAUCAAGCCUUACAAGCCCAAGGUUCCAUUUCCUCAACGUUUGAGGAAGGAAAAGCUUCAAGACCAAUACAACAAGUUCUUUGAUAUGAUCAAGACGGUGACAAUCAAUGUCCCACUAGUUGACCUCAUUUCGGGCAUGCCUAACUAUGCCAAAUUCAUCAAGGAGCUAGUAACGGACAAGAAGAAGCUAGAUGAAGCAAAAGCAACCUUUAUGAAUGAAGAAUGCUCGGCGGUGAUUAAAAACAAGCUUCCACCAAAGCUUUCCGAUCCAGGGAGUUUUCUCAUUGCUUGUUCUUUUGGUACUAAAUUAUCUUGCAAAGCUUUAGCCGACCUUGGGGCUAGCAUCAACUUGAUGCCAUAUUAA